AUGCCCGUUUUUGCAUCUGGCAAGGAAACAGGAAAUAUGGCAGCUUUCUUCUCACUUGAUCUCGUUCUGGAACUUCCCAAUGUUAUUGUACGCCCCAGCUUGGAAGACAUCCAAUCUGCCGUCUCCAAGGCCACUCAAGUGAUACUUAUGAUGGGUGACGGUAUCCAGACAUGGCGUUAUGUCCGUCAGCAACAGUUAAAAGUCCAUAUGCAAGAACAGGCUAGCCCAGCACUGCCUGCACGUGGGCAAGAACGGAUCCCGUCUGCAAGUCAUGUCCCUUCAAGUCAGGUCAAGUCGCUUCAAAAGGUGAUCAUGGAGCACAAGGCCGUGCUGAAACAGGUCGUCAGUUUAAACAGUGCCAUCUCGGCCUUCCAGACAGACGUUAAGGCACUGAAGAACAGUUUUUCACAGUUUUCUGAACUCUGGACAUCGGAGCCAGCCAAGGCAGCGGAAGAGUUCAUGGCCGGAAACCCUACAGUCUCGGACAUCAGUGAUAAGAUAAAACACUUCAGCGAUCUGGAAACCGCGGUUAGCAGUCUGCCAUCACAUUACCAAGUCGGUCCCCUGCUACUCAAGAGCCAGGAGCUAAGAGGAGGUCUGACUGCUGAAUGUCAAAACUGGAGACAAGCCAUCGGAAGGGCAGUAAAUAAGAAAUGCGCGAUCGAGAUGCAAGAACUUGGCACGCGAAUGGACGGUCUGAUGAAACGUCUUCUUCGACCGGUGAAGGACCUGGAUGAUGUCAGGUCACAGAUGGCCACCCUAGCUGAACUGCGUGAAAAUGAGCUGAAUAUUGAGAGGUCUAUUCAGCCCAUUGAAGAGGCCUACGCCCUCUUAAAUCGGCACGAGAUCUACUUCAACGAUGGGAAUGCGGAACGCGUUGACGCACUGGCUUACAGUCUAUCAAAGCUUCGUGCCCAGGCCUCAGUAACUAACGACGAACUCCUUCGUGUCCAGCCCGAAUUCCGCAAUGCCUUGGUAGCCGGCGUGGAGGAGUUCGACGUUCUCAACGCCUCUUUCGUUGAUGACUACAUGAAGUGGUAG